AUGAUGUUAUGUUCAGUUAGUAGUAAGCAUGUUAAAAAAGUUUUAAAAGGAUUUAUAGAAUUAACUAAACGAUUUCCAAACACUUUAAAAUUACCAGAUUUAUCAAAAUUAGAUCCAAUUCUUGAUAUAAGUGGUACAAUUAUUGAUCCACCAUUUCCAACUACACGUCCUUCUUCAAUAAUAACUGCUCCAGAAACUGAAAGUGAUGAUACAGAUGUUUUAUCUGCUAUUACUGGAUUAUCAUCUAUUGAAAUUCGUGAUUUACAAAAAAAAGCGUUAGUAAUAAAACGCGUUAAAAAUCAAACAGCUAAAGGGAGAGUAGUAAGUAUGUACGCGUUAGUAGUUGUAGGGAAUGGUAAUGGGGUAGCAGGAUUUGGUGAAGGAAAGCACGAAGAGUCACCUACAGCUAUUAAAAAGGCUACAAAUCAAGCUAUAAAGAAUUUAAGAUAUUUUGAAAGAUAUGAUGAUAGAACUAUAUUUCAUGAUAUUGAACAUAAAUUUCAUGGUACUACGAUCAAAUUUUUUGCCAGACCUCCAGGGUUUGGAAUUCGAACAAAUCAUUAUAUUCAUGAAGUAUGUAAAUGUAUUGGUUUUCAAGAUAUUUCUAGUAAAGUGUUCGGAUCUCGGAAUGGAAUGAAUGUUAUAAAAUGUACAUUUGAAGCAUUUAAUUCCCAAAGAUUACCACAGCAAAUAGCGAGAGCUAGAGGUAAAAAUUUAUUUGAUGUGUAUCACACUUACUAUGGAGCCCGAUAA